GCUCUGGUCCUUGAUCUAUUGGGCGCUGAUCUCCAGUUCAUGCGUAAAAAGUGCGGAGGUCGGUUUAGCAUCAAGACCACCUUGCUAUUAGCCACUCGACUCAUUCCGACCAUUCGGUAUAUCCAUUCCAAAGACUUUGUCCACAGAGAUAUAAAACCCGGAAACUUGCUGUUGGGAGCAAAAGACAACGAAACUAGUGUUUACAUCGUUGACUUCGGUAUUGCUAGACGGUAUAGAAAUCCUCGAAACGGUGCCCAUAUCCCAUUUCUUGACGGGAAGUCAAUUGUUGGCACUGUUCGUUACACGAGUCUCAAUACUCAUUUCGGAAUCGCACAGACACGGCGUGAUGACAUUGAAUGCCUGGCAUAUUCCCUUCUCGAUUGCUUGCGAGACCUGCCAUGGGGAAAUGUUAUAGGCGGAAGCCCGAAGCAGUUCGAGGACAGGGUCAGAGAAAAGAAACGAUCUUGGACUCCCGAAAGACUCUGUGCCGACAUUCCCAAUGCAUUCAAAGUCCUUCUUUCUCAUGCGCGACAACUCAAGUUUGAUGAGGAACCCGAUUAUGACGGUCUACAGGCGGCCUUUAUGGAUGACAUGAAGCGUCGUGGGUAUUCUCCGGAUGAACCUUUUGACUGGUCC